CUCUCGCUCGUGCCUGCAGGGGCCCGGCCGUGUGCAUGCUGCCGCCGUCCGUGAUGCCCGCUCGUCUGCCGUUGGCGACCAUGACCUCCAACAAGUCGUUCCUGUGGAGCCUGGCGCAGGCCCCGGCCGGCAAGCCGCCGGAAGCAGCCGGCAGCCGCGACGGCGCGCCCUCCUCCUUCCUCUGGAGGACGUCUUCUUCCUGUUCGGGCCGCGGGCCUGCCUGCAGCGCCUCAGUCGCCGACGGCGCGGAGGAGGCCCUGUACGACGACGCGGGCGGCCGCGAGGCGGCGGCGCAGGAGGACGCCGGCUUCGAGGAGAGUCCCCCGGAGCGGCCGGCGCGCUCCUCGUCCACCAGGUCCUCUGCCACGAGCGGCGUGUGGAGCUGGCACGAGCCGGGCGCCGACAGCGGCUCCGCGCUCAGCGACGAGUGCCCGCGCUACGAGCAGCCGCCAGAGCUGAAGACAGCCGGCGGGCCGGCAGGGACCGGCGCGAUGAUCCCGGCGCAGGACUCGGCCAACGAGGCGCAGGACUCGGCCCGCGAGGCGCAGGACUCGGCCAACGAGGCGCAGGACUCGGCCCGCGAGGCGCAGGACUCGGCAGACGGCGCCGCCAGCACCAGGCCGACGUCGGUGAAGCUGCUGGCCAUGAGGUUCGAGGCGCUGUCCCAGGGCGAGGAGCCGCGCGGGGCGAAGUCCCAGGUGGGCAGAGGGGUCGCCGAGGACCGCCCGCCCGUCAUCACCAUCACCGUGGAGGAGCCGGUCCCCUCGCCGCCGCACGGUGCGGGCGGAGGUCGGCCGACGGCGCCCCGGCUGCCCACCAGGUCCUCGUCGUCCAUGUCCUCCACGUCGUCCAGCGGCUCCGCGCCGCCCCCGUGGAGGCGGGCCGCCGCCGCCCCCGCCCAGCCCGCGCCGCCGCCGCCGCUGCCUCCGCCGCUCACCCUGCGACGCGACUCCUUCAGCUCCGACUCGGACUCGGACUCGCCGCCGCCGUCGCCCGCCGGCCAGACGCCGCCCCCGCCGCCGCCGCUGUCCACGCUGCCCUCCAGGAACAACUCGCGCGCGCAGGAGGUGGUCCGCCCGUCGCCCCCGGCCUCGCCCAAGGAUGAUUACGAAAAUAUUUACGAGACUCUGAGAGGAAGCAUAGAGAUGGAGACAUACGCCAACGAGCCUCUGUAUCAGAUCUACAACCAAAAUGCGGAAGAGCUGGCCCGGGAGUACAUCAGCCGCGAGUUCGAGAGCUGCUCACCCAGGAGUGCCAACCCGCCGGCCUCGGCGAGGGACUGCGGCGCAGGUGGCGCGGCGCGCGGCCAGUUCCGGACUCUCUGGUGCCAGCUGCCGGAGGUGCAGGCCAGCCGCGCGCUAGACACGCUGAGCGCGGAGGUGCGCAAGCUGAUGGAGGCCAAGUUCGAGAUCAUCACCUCGGAGGCGUCCUACAUCAGCUCGCUCAACAUCCUGAAGAACCACUUCAUGGUGCACCUGGAGCAGUGCGACGAGGCCGACUUCUGCAAGGAGGACCGCCGCCUCGUGUUCGGCGACGUCGUGCCAGUGCGCAAGGUGGCCGAGAAGAUGCUGUCGCAGCUGGAGGCGUGCAGGAAGAAGGACAUCUUCAUGCGGGGCAUGAUGCAGGCCAUGCAUGACGUCGCCCGCGACGACCUCAAGAUAUACGUGGACUACUGCGCCUACCAGAACUGCCGCACCAGGACCCUGGAGAGACUCACAUCGAGGAGGUUCGAGCCGACGACCACGACGCGCGGCGGGUUAGCCAUGGAGGAAGUGAGUUACCGACUGAGUUCUCUAUGGAGCCAGGAAAGCAGGGGCCAGCAGACCAGCACCUUCGCGCAGACGCUGGCGUCGCUGGAGGCGCACCCUCUGUGCCAGGGCCUCACGCUGCAGUCGUUCCUGCUGGUGCCCAUGCAGAGGAUCACCAAGCUGCAGCUGCUGGCGGGCGCCGUGCUCAGCUGCAUGCAGCCCGACGACGAGGAGCGGGGCGCCUGCGAGGCUGCGCUCCGGCAGAUCAGCGAGGUGGUGCACGAGUGCAACGAGGGCGUGCGCGCCGUGGAGCGCAUGGAGGAGCUGCUGGCGCUCAGCAAGCAGCUCAAGUUCGACCGAGGCAUGAGGAUGCUGCCGCUGUACUGCAGCAACCGCUGGCUCGUGAAGCGCGGCAAGGUGACCGAGCUCAACCCCGAGUGGUUCUCCGCCAGGUCCAUCUACCUCUUCAUCUUCAACGACGUCCUUUUCCUCGCCAAGAAGCGCAGACUGUUCCCGCAGCACGUGGAGAGGUUCCUGGUGGUGGACCACUGCAGCAGGGAGGACGUGCGGCUCAUGAACACCGAGGGAACUCUGCACCUCCCUGACAGACUCAGCUCCGGCUUCUGCAUGCUGCUCACUCUGCUCAGCAACCACCGCCAGAAGAAAGUCUCCAAGCUGAUCUACUUCGCGUGCGAGUCGGAGCGGCGGCGCUGGGCCGACGCGCUGCACCCUCCAGAACCGGCGGAGGCGGCGCGCGACUGGCCGCAGGUCGUCGUCAAGUGGGCCUACGUCGCCGAGCAGCCCGACGAGCUGUCGCUGCAGGUGUCCGACCUCAUCCACGUGCUCACCCGGUCCGCCGACGGCUGGUACCAGGGCCGGCGGGCGAGGGACGGCGAGACGGGCUGGUUCCCGGGCAACUACACGGUGGACGUGGAGCCCGUGCAGCUGAGGCAGCACGGCGCCGACAGCCACGCCGUCACGUCCGUGUACUGCGCCUGA